CUCAGGUCGCUGUUAAUGGGCUGCGCGUUCACGCCCCAGGUUUUUUGGAGAUGUCGGCGCCGUCUCCGCGCUCCUGGUGGCGCAGUGAAAACUGUUAAGACUCCUUACAGGAAUAAAAGGGCAAAAUGUAAAGAUGAGCGCCUGUCUGUAAUUGAGCCAAGACAAUCAGCCGAUCCUGAUUGGACUGUUUCUCUCCCGACGAGAAAGCCGCCGUGGGACCCAAGGUCGCCAUGGAGACGGUGGUGAUCGUGGCUAUCGGGGUGCUGGCCACCAUUUUCCUGGCCUCCUUCGUUGCCCUGGUGGUUGUGUGCCGACACCGCUACUGCCACCCCCAUGACCUGCUGCACCACUUUGACUCCAAACCCACAGUGGAUCUGAUCGGAGCCAUGGAGACUCAGAGCGAGCCGUCAGAGCUGGAGCUAGAUGAUGUGGUCAUUACCAACCCGCACAUUGAAGCCAUCUUGGAGAAUGAGGACUGGAUUGAGGACGCCUCUGGUUUAGUGUCUCACUGCAUCUCCAUCUUGAAGAUCUGCCACACUUUGACCGAAAAGCUGGUUGCCAUGACGAUGGGCUCAGGGGCAAAAGUCAAAGCACCAGCCAGUCUGAGCGACAUCAUCACUGUGGCCAAACGAAUCAGCCCAAGGGUGGACGACGUAGUCAGAUCCAUGUAUCCUCCUCUGGACCCAAUCCUCCUGGACGCCAGAGCCACGGCUCUCCUCCUUUCAGUCAGCCAUCUGGUGCUGGUCACCCGCAACGCCUGUCACAUGUCCGGCAGUAUGGACUGGAUCGACCAGUCGCUCCACGCAGCUGAAGAUCACAUGGUGGUCCUACGUGAGGCAGCGCUGGCCUCUGAACCAGAACGGAACAUACUUGGAGCCGACGCUCAGAGAGAACAGGCCAUCUGAAGCACACAGGGCGUCAUUUAUAUCCUUCGGCGGUCUCUCUUAAAGGUUCUGUUGUCAGCUUAUACCAACAUUUCCUGCAGAAAAGUACGUCACAAACCCGUCGUUCUAUUCUAACCUAGUAAGGACACUUCUGAGCAGCAGACAGACUGUGUCGGAAGAUGCAAGGAUGUGUCAAUUUACCCUAUUUUCACAUCUCACAAAAAAAUAUUUGCACCAAGGACUUCUGGAAAUGGCCUUGCAUUUAAAUAUAGUAGAGAUCUCACAUUCACAUACAUACGUCUGUGUUGUUAUUUGUGUUUUUUGUUGUUUUUUUUUGUAUGUAACCCCAUAGCAGAUCUUUUUAGAGUGAAAUGUCUUUCAAAAUGUCUUUUGGAGCAGCCAUCACCCAGCGGUGAUCUUAAAUCCAGUCUAACAGCACUGCACAGUCACAUGGAGGCUUAGUCAGCUAAUCCAUUCUGAGGAAAAUAACAGCCAUCAGCCAGUGAACCUAAAGGGGCUCCGACUAUGUGGACCAAAGGAAGACUUACUUAUUUACAAUUUCGGGGGUCAUCCUGACUUGUCGUUGAAAAAAAAAUACAUCCCUCAGGUACUCUUACGCUGUUAGAAAUCACAGCUCUUAAGAGUUUCCAGAAACCAGCAGCUGUGGUUUUACCAUUUUUCCCCCCCAGAUGAGUGAUUUCCAUUUAAGGGAUACGGUGGAAAAUCUCUCAGCGUUUGUAGUCAUGCUAUCAGCUUCAGAGAUGUUGGAUUUAAGAGUUCACCAGCUAGAUCAAAGAAGCCAAGAUAGGGUGGUACAAAGUUUUGUACGGACAUCCUUGGCUCCCGGAGGAUGAAUCUCAAACACCCGCCACCUCCAUUAGGCUUACAUGUGUCACGACCGCUCGGAUUGGCAUCCAAUCAAGUGCAGAUAUUUGUAUUUACCUUGACAAGCAAUUUGUUUUCCCAUUCAGUGUCUUGGUGUCUCACUGCAUUCCUGCAAAUCUAGUAUCACUCCCAGCAGCUGUACUUGGGAUUUAGUGCUAAUUAGCAUGCUAAUAAAAUAUUACACCUUACAUCUACAUCAUUGCCAGCAUUUUAUCAUGCCGAUGUCGAGUCAGAGCUAGACAGGGAGUCAGGAAACACAGAUAUAAAUAAAAGAAUGAAUCUGUUACUAGAAAUAAGGAAAACACUAAAAUAUCAAAGUAGAACGAGACAGUUAAAUACCAGCUAAAUCAGCACCAGAUGAUUGCUACAAGUGCAAAACAGAUGAUUUCUCCUUCCAGGAAAAAUUGGAUUACACACUUUAUUGAGAGAAAGUAUGUAUUUGUGUGUCACGGUGUUGUGAGGAUGCUUUUGGCAGCGUGUUGAUUGAGGUGAAACAGAAUUAGCGUGUUGUUUUGGGCCAGAGGGAUGUUACUGGAGCAUGUCUACCUGUUCCUUCAUGCAUAGCUAAUAGUGAAUCUCCAAGGAGCCCUAAUAAGAAAUUACCCACAGCCACAAUGAACACACCGGCCUCGGCUACACACGGCACAGGAGCUUUGUUCGCACAAGGCUGCCGGAGAAAUGAACACAUCGCAUGAUUGUAGAUUACACAUCGUAGCUUCUGCUGUCACUUGUUUUAGGAAUUUUAUGACAAUCAUGAAGAAAAGCAGCGUAUUUCGUUGUUCAGUUGAUCACCUUUAACCCACAGAGUGUUGUUGGAAAGACACUGAUCAAGGAGGAGACAUUUGGAAAGUUGUUUGUCGUUUUUUGUAUGUUAACAUUGUUUAUUAGCAUUUACCUCCUUUGCUUUCCCACAAUUUGUCACUGAUGUUGCUCCUUUACUCCUUCAUACAAUUUUUUUUCUCUUUUGCUGAUUUGUACAGAUAAAAUUACAUUUCAUAGGAAAAUGUCUCGUUGUUGUUGCUCUGAACCGAACGGUAGCUACAGAGAAAUCCAUGUCCAUUAAAAAGUCCACACACUCGUACUAAUCUGACAUAAAUAAAAGUGAUUCUUUUUCUUCUUCUUUUUA